ACUACAGUCUACAAACAUCGCAGUGAGCAGAGAGAGAAGAGAGAACAGAGGAAAACCCUAGGCGCCAUGGCUGAUGAAGAUUAUGAUAUGGAUGGAGGGUACGAGGAUGAGCCACCGGAGCCCGAGCUCGAUGAAGGAGCAGAGGUUGAGGAGGAUGACGCAGCUGAGGACAUACCGGACGCCCUUGAAGGCGAGGGAGAGGAGAAACAGGAACAGGAGGGGGUGGAACGCCCGCGGAAAACGUCCAAGUAUAUGACCAAGUAUGAGCGGGCGAGGAUUUUGGGCACGCGGGCGCUGCAGAUUAGCAUGAAUGCUCCUGUGAUGGUAGAAUUGGAGGGUGAAACUGAUCCUCUAGAGAUUGCAAUGAAAGAGUUGCGAGAGCGAAAAAUACCUUUCACAAUCCGUCGUUAUCUCCCUGAUGGAAGCUAUGAAGAUUGGGGGGUUGAUGAAUUAAUCGUUGAGGACUCCUGGAAAAGGCAAGUUGGAGGCGACUGAAACAACUGUUCAUCUGUAAAGAUAUUUGGGGUCUGUUUUUUGAAUCGAAGCAGGAACAAAACAUGUGAUUGAACCAAAUCUAAGCCGUGAGGAGAUAUUGAUGUCUGUUAUUAACCUAAUCUAUCUUCAAAUUGAUGUUUGAAACUUUACCAGCUAUCCUACUAAGGAAUGUUAACUCUUGAUUUUCAGAUGAAUCUAAAAGACAUCAGUACAUCUUA